UCAUACACAGUUUCGUGUAGACGUUUGUUGUGCUGUUUUACUGAUCGUAGUGUGAAAUUUUCGUUAUUAAAUUAGAGUAUCCCUGAUUUGAUCUAACUGGUAAAGCUUCAUCUCUUUAGUUUCUUCGGGAUAAAACCUAUUGGUGGUAGAAUGAACCGUUGGCGUCUGUGUUAGCCGGCUAGCUAAUAAACCAGCUAACAACUCGGAACGUUUUUUUUUGUUUUUUUUUUUGUUUUUGUUUUGUCUUUUGAGAGGUAGCUAGCGUUAAUUGCAGCCUGCAUUCUAACACGGUUUUAAUGCUAGUAGGUUUGGGACUGACUGGUUUCGCCAUCAGCCCGAAGAGUUGCCCUUUGUCGAGCUCAAAGCUCCUUUGUCGCUGGAGCCAAUGCGUGGGACAAUGGGAACCCAGGGCAGUCCUGUCAAAAGUCACGAUUAUCUUCUUAAAUUCCUGCUGGUGGGAGAUAGCGAUGUUGGUAAAGGAGAGAUUUUGGACAGUUUGCAAGAUGGAUCAGUCGAGUCUCCCUAUGCCUACAGCAGUGGGAUCGACUACAAGACAACCACAAUCCUGCUGGACGGAAGGAGGGUGAAAUUAGAGCUGUGGGACACCUCAGGGCAAGGCAGAUUCUGCACCAUCUUCAGGUCUUACUCUCGUGGGGCGCAGGGCAUUCUGCUUGUGUAUGACAUUACUAAUGGUUGGUCGUUUGAUGGCAUUGACCGCUGGAUCCGGGAGAUAGAUGAGCAUGCUCCAGGCGUACCGAGGAUACUGGUGGGAAACCGACUUCACCUGGCUUUCAAACGGCAGGUCCCAACAGAGCAGGCAAGGGCUUAUGCAGAAAAGAACAGUAUGACCUUCUUUGAGGUCAGCCCAUUGUGCAACUUCAAUGUCAUCGAGUCCUUCACAGAACUGUCGCGCAUUGUGCUAAUGAGGCAUGGCAUGGAGAAAUUCUGGAGGCCCAACAAAGUCUUCAGCCUCCAGGACCUGUGCUGCCGUUCGAUUGUCUCCUGCACACCGGUCCAUCUCAUUGACAAGCUGCCUCUCCCUGUGGCCAUCAAGUCCCACCUUAAGUCUUUCUCUAUGGCUAAUGGCAUGAAUGCUGUCAUGAUGCAUGGACGCUCCUACUCGGUGACUGCCAGUGCUGCUUCAGGCAGUUCCAGCGGCAGCAGCAGCAAAGGCAGUAGCCUCAAACGCUCCAAGUCUUUCAGGCCUCCGCAGAGCCCCCCAAAGAGUAUGUCAUCCUCCAAGGGGAACUGUAAAAUAUCGUAG